GUGAAGGAGAAACAAGGAAUAUUGGACCGUGCGAAGACAGCUGAGAUUAAUUGGGUGCAUUCUACACAUAUCAGAGCAUUUUCUUCCUCUCAGCUUUGGGCUUUUACUUCUGUAGCAGAGAGAGAGAGAGAGAGAGAGAGAGAGAGAGCAGAUGAAAAAUGGCUACCUCAUCUAUAUCUCUAUAUCCACCGCCUCUCUCUUGCGUUUCCAAGAACCCUUGCCGGCUUUCUCUUCAUACCCGUGACUUGUCUCUGUCCUUCCCCUUAUCUUCCAGUCUCUCCUCAAGUAGAGCCAUCCAAUCUCCGAACUCGCUUCACCAAAUUUCCCCCAACAGCACCCAGCUCCAGAGAAUUUCUGCCGUUGCCGAGGAUGUUUUGCUCACAGAUGCCACCCCAAUUGAGGAUUCCCAGCAGAUUGUUUCCACUGACGGGGAUGGCGUCACCAUCAUUGUCCAAGUUCUUGUGUUCAUUGCUUUUAUUGGUUUAUCUAUUCUCACUCUAGGGGUAAUCUACAUAACAGUGACAGACUUCUUGCAGAAGAGGGAGUCAGAGAAAUUCGAGAAAGAAGAGGAAAGUAAAAGGAAGAAGAGUGGGAAGAAGAGGAAGGUGAGAGCUAGGGCAGGGCCCAGGGGAUUUGGGCAAAAGAUUGAUGAUGAUGAUGGUGAUGAUUAGAAUGCAAAUUUUCCGUGUAAGCUUCUCAGAAACUUCAAAAUCCCAUUUUGCCUUGUUGAAUAAAUGGGUUUUACUCAAUUCUUUUUUAAAUGCUUUAUUUUUUUCACAUGUUAAGAGCACCAUGGAAAUGUUUAGGAUUAAUGUUUGCUCGCC